GCGAGCCGACCGAGGGCAUUUUAAAAGGUGUCAUCGUUUUUAUUGGAAAAAGUUGUGGUUGGAGGGUCAAACCACAGCGGGGGGCGCGGCGGAAGGGUCCGGUCAUGUUUUACGAGAACUCCGCAUGGAAAACGCACAAAAUCUGCGGGACUUCAUCUCUCCUUCCUAUGACUCCCAAGAAACCUCAGCAGUGGCUGCAAGUGGUCGGACAUGCAGGGAGCUUUCAUGUUGGGGAUUAUGGUACACUGCUGAAGAGGUUUUGUAAGGGGGAGCAACAAUGCUACCUCAGGCUGAUGGAGGACGCUCUGAGUCCCUUUGUUCCAGCCUACCACGGUGUGGUGCAGCGGGACGAGCAGGAUUACAACAUGAUGGAUAACUUGCUGACCCAUUUCAGCACACCUGCCAUCAUGGACUGCAAGAUGGGCAGUCGCACAUACCUCGAGGAGGAGCUGCUGAUGGCCCGAGAACGCCCCCAGCCUCGUAACGACAUGUACGAGAAGAUGGUGGCUGUGGACCCAGAGGCCCCGACAGUUCAGGAGCGAACCCAGCAGGCAGUGCUGAAAACCAGGUACAUGCAGUGGAGGGAGACGCUGAGCUCCACAACAACUCUGGGUUUCCGUAUCGAAGGAUUCAGGAAGGCAAAUGAAGAAUGUCACACAAACUUCAAAAGGACCAAAAGCAGAGAUCAAGUGAUGGAAGCACUUAACAACUUUGUUGAGUCCAAUACACACAUUGUGUGGGGCUAUCUGAGACGGUUGAAGCAAUUGCGGCAGGUCUUGGAGACGUCAGACUUCUUCAGAGCACAUGAGGUUGUGGGCAGUUCUUUACUGUUUGUACACGACUGGACAGGCCAAACAGGAGUCUGGAUGAUUGACUUUGGAAAGACCGUGGCCUUGCCGCCACACCUCACCGUGGACCACCGCACUCCCUGGGUAGAGGGCAAUCGUGAAGAUGGCUAUCUGUGGGGUCUGGACAACCUCAUUGACAUACUGGCCAAUAUGCUGCCGCUGACCUGAACGCCACUCAAAAUGUGUGGAAAUGUACUCUCAGUCCUUCCUUCACCACUCAUAAGUGAAUGACUGCAGAUGAACUGGUUUCUGAAAUGGUUAUUGUGGGAAUGAACUGAAAAUAGGAAGGCGUAAAAAAAAAAAAUGGAGGAUGUGAUUGAUUAUAAUAACACAUUUGCAAGAUGUGUUAUCAAGUAAAUACUUUGCAGAACAGAUUUAUUUUCAUUAAAUCAGUCCCUCAAUAUAAUUUAACGCAGAUUCAAUCAAUCCCUGUGAAUUCUGCGCAACCGCAACCAAUAACCGCAACUUUUCCCCCGCAAAUUUGACCAAUAAUUGUAGUUUCCCACACAAAACAGCGAGCCCUACGCCACCAAACUCACUUCCUUGUUUCUUGUCGUGAAGAUGCAGACCAGGCAGACAUGUACAACACAGAUGUCUCAUAUUUGCCCCCAGAAUCCUGAGCGUUUAGUUAAGGUUACUUGGAAAACUCAUUGUGAUUUUAUUCUAACUGGAACAAGUUGCCUCAGAUUUUUAAUGAAUUGUAAAAUUUUAAAAAACAAAACAACUAUUGUUCAAUUUACAAUUUUCACUUUCUCUCACAAUUUCAUAGCAAAAAAUACCAUCGUAAGUUUUUAGAAAAGAUCCUGUGAAAUCAGGCAAUCCCCAAAAAGGCCCAAGCAAUCCUGGAGCCACUAGUAAAUUAGGCGCACAACACGGCUCAAAAGGGCACUGGAGAUUUGUGGACUCUCUGAGCAACCUGAGCCUUUUAAAGUUUGACCACUACAUAGACCUACAAUACUAAGAUUACCUUGUAAGAUCCAAACACAGUCUCAGUUUUCAGCCUCAGCAGGUCUGACUCGACUGUUUUGUGAUGACCUGCUCAUUAUUUUAGUAAAAACAUGACACUAGCAAUUAUAAGCCAAUAAUAUGGCUGCCACCUCUGACUUGAGAUGAUCAGUAAUGUCACACUGUGUCAUUAAAUUGGUGCUAAAAUGAU